AUGUCGGCAGGAGACACAGCAACUGAGUUGAUAAAAGACCUGGUUCGUGCGCGAGAUACUUUUCCGAACUACGACGACGUAGCUGUUCGCGAAAUCGUCGACGAGUCCAUCGGCCUUUUCAACAAAAACAGGGAAGAUCUGAAGUCGAAGGAAAUGGAGAAGAUGCUCGGCAACGACGUCAAGGACGACUACUUGGAAGAAGUGACGGUGGAGGAGAGAAGCCGAUAUGUGAAUGUUGUUCAAAGAGUCGCUGCAAUCGAGCGAAACAAACGUUGCAUGAUCGCUUACCACAUGCGGCGACUGGCGAAAAUCCGUGAUUUGCGAUGGCAAGCCGGCCCCGUCAUUCCAGAGCACAUCCGGCCGAAUCUCUCCGCUUCGGAGAAGGACUAUUCCAACAAGUACAAUCGCGCGCUGGCGAAACUGAUGAGAGCGCAGGGCAUCGAUUUCACGCAGAAUUCAACGCCGCCGAAGUCACUUUUUGUGGAGGUCAAAGGCAUGGCUGACGUCGGCGAAGUCGAAUUGGCCAACGGGGAGACUUUGACUGUCGACAAGUUCAGUCGAUAUUUUCUGCCCCGAGCAAACGUGGAGCCCCUCAUCCGACAAGGAAUUUUGAUGGAAAUCGAGCGACAAGUCUGA